AUGCCUCCAAGCCUGGAUGAUUUUAUUUUGAUGAAGGUUAUCGGGAAGGGAUCCUAUGGAAAGGUGAUGCUUGUGCGGCACAAGACCGAGGGAGAGGAUCAAGUCUAUGCAAUGAAAAUGCUCCGGAAGGAGAAUGUGAUAAAGCGAAACCAAGUUGAGCACACGAAGACCGAGAGAAAUGUCUUGGAGGUUUCAGCCUCGCUGCUCGAUGCAUCGAUCCAAGGUCCAGGAGGAGAGCUUUUUUUCACCUUAGCCGGGCUGGACGGUUUUCCGAGGGCAGAUGCAGGCGACGCUUUUCCCUUGCGACGCCGAGUCCGUCGCAGUUUGCAUCGCCUUUUUCGGCUGGAUCUCGCCAUGUUUCAUUGCUUCAGUGGACUUCUGCGCUGGCUGGUGAGGAGAUGUUGCCGCCGCUCUGUGAAGGCAGCUGUGGCAUCUGUUGAGGUGAAUGGCAGGCAAUAUCGAGUCAUCAGGAACUUCAAUGGCCAGUUCAUGCUCAGAACCGGGUUGGACUAUGACCUUGCCAACGACAAGGUGGAUAUUGAACAACCCGGGCGAUUCUCCUGCUGGGGGUUCGCCAACAAGGACUAUGCGCGCACCGAGUGCACGGAGGAGACGGCUUCACCUGACCUAUCAGAAGAUGGGAUGAGUGAGGAGCUGUCACAAGAAGGUGGUCCACAGCCCCGCACAAUUUUCCAUGCGUUGCACUUAACCUUUGACGACAUUCGUCGGAUUCUCCCUGAAUUGGCUUGGAAGGGCUUCGAUGCCAUCCAAAUUCCUCCAGCACAGGUCAGUCCGAAUGGUGACCUGCGCAGAGACUGGUACCUCCGCUACCAGCCAGUGAACUAUCAGCACAUUGAUCUGCGAUUAGGUGGAGCUGAAAGCUUGCAGCGACUCUGUGAAGAAGCAUCUGGGCAUGGCAUGACAGUGAUUGCCGACUGCGUCUUCAACCACAUGGCCGUGGUGGCUUCUUGUGCAGAAUGGCAAGAAGCUCAGCACAACGGGCACAAGAUGGAAGAGUUGCAACAACGCCUCGAUCGCACCUUUGGUCCUCACUUGGAUCGCCAUGACUUUCAAUGGCCCUGGGUUUGCCUUGAGGGUGAGAAGUGGGACGAUCCGCACUACAUGUUUGAGGGCUGGGGAUGUGGCGAGUGGAGCGAGCUUCGUUUCAGUGAGAAAGUGAUUGCCCAACAUUUGCAGCAUCUUCGCAUGCUGUUGAACUGCGGCGUCACUGGAUUCCGUCUGGACGCUGCCAAACACAUGCGCCCAGAACAUGUGGCAAGGUAUGUCGACUUCAUACACGGAGAGGGAGCCUUCGUCUACGCGGAGGUCUUGUCAAUGGACAAACACUUGCACGCACAGUACGAGAAGUUGGGCAGGGGCGUGCCAUCCACAGACUUUCUUCUCGCUGCUGAUUUGGCCAAAGCUUGGCGUGCGGAAGACGCUGGCAGCAUCUCUGCUCAGUUGCAGGCUUGUGAGCAUUUGGGUAGCAAUUCCAUUCAGUUCGUGCGGAAUCACGACACGAUGCUCAAUGAUGGCUCCAUUUGCGGAAUUGACUGGUCCAGUGCCGAAGAAGCAUCUUUGGCCUGGGCGCAUCUCAUAGCCAGGAACGAGGGAACUAUCCUGAUGCACCAGGAUGACAUUCACGUCCCGCUGAUCCAUGCUGCCUUGUCCUUCAGAUCUGACCUCUCCUCCCUGGCGGCCAGCCAAGCUCCUUACGCCUUGAAGACCGAAUUGGCUGCCUGGCCACCGCCAAGUUACCAGACCAUUGCCAUGCUGCUGACCCUGGCAGAGUGCCCAGUUGGCCUGGCCAUCUUCAACACCACCAACCAUGAGCAGACCAUGGAUAUCCCAUGGCAACUCAACAGCUACAGUUUGCAGGAAGUCAAGGCACCAAGCUCUCACAAUGACCAUAUGCAGGCUGGAUGUUCUCCAUCGCACUUGGACAAGCGGCUGCCACCACGAAUGGCGCGUUUCUUUCUUUUGGAAUGCUUCUCUGGGCCGUUGAUUCAGCCAAAUCCCGAGAUUCGCUACAUGACGCUCUUCUACUUCUCGGGCUGGGAAUCUCCACACAUUCACUUCUGCGUAGAGCAUGUGUGGACGCGCUGCCCUGGCUGGAGCAUGCGGAAGUGCGAUAAGCCGGCAGUGCAAGGCUUCAAACUGCCCCGGGCCGGUCAUCACGGACGCUGGUGGCGCGUGGAUGUUCCCCUGCGAAUGCGAUGCUCUGUGGAGUUCGUGUUGAAUGAUGGUGGUCACAGCUGGGACAAUCAUCCAAGUGCUCUGGGGAACUACAUCGCAGAAAUGCCGGGCUUGCACAUUUUGGUGAACAAGAAGCUUGCGGCCACCGGUGGCUCAAAGGGAGACUCAACAGGAGAGUCCUUGAGCUCUUUGGAGCUUGGGCUCAGAGACUCUUUGGACAACCCAGAUCCGAUCGAUAUCGAUCGAUGGCGACAUCCACUCGAACGAUUCUAUGCAUGCGAGAUCCUGCUGGCGAUCGAAUACUUGCAUAGGCUUAACAUCAUCUACAGGGACCUGAAGCCAGAGAACAUUCUCCUGGAUGCCGAUGGUCAUGUCAAGUUGACAGACUUUGGCCUCAGUAAGGAGGGCAUUCAGGACAACUUCUCAGCGCGAUCCAUGUGCGGUACACCAGAGUACUUGGCACCAGAGAUUCUAGACAAAAGAGGACAUGGAAAAGCUGUCGACUGGUACUCUCUGGGUGCACUCAUGUAUGAGAUGCUCACAGGGCUUCCACCAUUCUACACCAGAGACAGAGAGAAGCUCUUUGAGCGAAUCCGACGGGGAGAGCUUACCUACCCAUCCUACAUCACAGCCAUCGCAAAGAAUCUGCUCCAGCAACUUCUCACAGGAGUGCAGCACUCAGGUGACCUAUUCGUAAUUCACAUGGACCAGUCCCGUCUUUACCAAACAUGGGAGAUCCUGUGCCCAGCAACCGCUUCGAUCGAUGGCGUUUCGUACUUCCGCGGCUUGGUGAUUGGCCGCGGCUCACAGUUUCCAGCUGGCCAUGAUGGCAUGUUGGAGAAUGCCUUGCGAAAGCUGCUCAAUGGAGACAAUGCUGUUGCUCUUCAGAAGUUCCUGGCGGCACCCAGGUUCCAGUUGCAAAGCUUGGCAACUUCCCAUGGCUCCAAGCUCUGUCGCCUUGUUUGGGUUCUCUCCAAGCGUCAGGACCCGAAAGAGAGAAGAGAGAGAUCUAUCUCGACGUCGGCAGAUCAGUUGCCCGCAAACUUAGGAUUGCUGCUUAAGUUGCAGCCAGUUCUGCGCUGUUCGACUCCUCGAGAAGUUGGAGAUGUAGCCUGGGCUUUUGCGAGACACAGCCUGCUGGAGCAGAACUUUGUGCUGCAACUGAUGCGUUCAUACCCAGAAGCUGGGGACCCUGUUUCCUUGGCAAAUCUUCUGUGGGCUGCAGCAUUGGCACAGCUGUCCCCUGCUGACGUGCAGCAACUUCUCCAAGGUCAUGACCAGACCUUGCGCGAAGCGAAGAGAGUGGAGCUAGUGCGACUGCUGUGGGCCUUAGGUUCCAUUCGGCUCCCACAUCCCAUUUUCCAGCGCUGCUCUGAGAUUAGUUCAGAUUCCAAGACGCAGGACUUGGCCAAUGUAUUGUGGGCAGUGAGUCGUGUAGCUUGCCCAGUGCCCAAACAUUUGCUGGAAGAAUUGGAGAAGCGAAGAGGUCAGGGUCUACCCGUUGUUGAGUUGGUGGCAUGUAUUUCUGCCUUAGCAGAGCUCCGCAACGUCACAAGUAGCCUCUGGAAAUCGGUUGAGACCCUGGAUAGCAGUGUGGGCACGCGUGCAUUGGGCACACUGCUUUGGGCUCAUGGAACUGCACAAGUCCUUCCACCUGCCUCAUUGGUGAAGGUGCUGAAUGUUUCACAGAUGUCUCCGCAAUCCUUGGCAAACUCUCUCUGGGCUUUCGCCAAACUUCAACUACCAAUCAGCUCCACGAACAUCGCUGCCGCUCAGAGGAUUCUCACCCGUGAACUUGGGAAAUUCAAAGCGCAAGAAUUCGCCAGUUGUGUUUGGGCCGUCGGCUCCAUGGAAAAACCUGCUGUAAAGUUCUUUGAAGAUCUGCAGCUUCCCAAACUUGCGGAGUUGGAAGAUCAUCACUUAUCCCAGGUGGCUUGGGGAAUAGCCAGCUCUGGAGUGAGACGCAUUGAGGCAAUGAACUCCUUAGCGUCUGAGAUGAUGUGCCGUGAUGGCUUCAGCCUGCAGGCCAUUGCCAACAUCACCUGGGCCUUCAAAACGCUGGAAAUCCCAGGCCAGCAGCCUCUGAGUGCCCACCUUGAAGGUUUAGUUGCCAGGAGGCUGAUUGAAGCUAAGGGCAUCCCAGCUCCAGAAGAUGUCGACUCUUUGCUUGGCAUCCUGUGGGCGAAUCGCGAGAAUCAAGGGCUCACUGCAGCAGUCACAAACUCCUUGCAAUGCCUGGGUCGGAAAAUGGAUGCCUUGGGCUCUCGUGCAGAGCUGCCAAGUAGGCACCCUGAAGCCGGAGAGGGUCCUCAGGUGGCCUUGCAAGCUCCAGGAGUUGUGGUGAUUGUCAAACCGCAAGAUUGGGAAGUGGACACUGUUUGCACAGACACAGAAGACGCAGGUCCAUCUAGUCCAUCAGGUCCAUCGGACAGGAAACUUUCCAACUAUAUCGAUGGAUUGAAGCUUGGCUUCAAGGCUGGCUUCAUAGGUCGCUUGGACACACCUUCCAGCGGUUUACUGCUGCAUGCCACUUCCUUCGAGGGUUUGUUCAUGCUCCAGGCGCAAAGGGAGUUGGGCUUGUUGGAACGGGACUACCUGGUGCUUUGUCAUGCCUGGCUUCCAGCAGAGUUGUUUGAGAUCUCGGCCAAGCUUCGGAGAGUGGGUCGCAAGGCCGAGGUUUCGCCAUAUGGUCGACCCGCAUGCACCCAGGUGAAGCUGCUAGCGCAUCUAACAAUGGAUUCAGGCCCAGUGUCUCUACUAGCUGUGAGGAUUGUAUCUGGCAGAAUGCAUCAGAUCAGAUGUCACCUAGCACAUGUUGGACAUCCCGUGGUGGGCGACCGACGCUACUCAAAGGAGGCGAAUGAGGCCAGGUGAGCAAGAAUCUGCAUAGAAUGCUGCAGGCUAUACAGUAGGCAUAUUUUUGCUAGACAUUGGAAGCUACCCCAAGACUACUUUCUGGAUGGUACCGAUAUGAUUGCAAAGUGCAGCAUCUUGGCAAGCUACAGACUACAGUAUCAUUGUAUCAUGCUAAAGCAUCAUGUUAAAGAUGUAGAGAACAAUUGCACUCUUGGCUGCCGCAGUUUCUCUUGUUGGCUGGAAUUGUCUUGGGCUCGUGCGGCUGCAGGGGAUGCCGCACUUUUUGCACCGCUAUCGGCUCUCUUUUCGAGACACGGAGGGCAACGUGCAGGAGGUUCGGCAGCCGCUGCCACCGAAGCUACUGGAGCACUUGGUGCGGUGUUCCCCACGUUCCCCACAGGAUGGGAAGAAGCUCCGGCCGUGGCUGGAAGAUCGUCUUUUGAGCUGGGCAGAAGUUGGAGCAGUUGGACAUUGAUGCUGCGUUGAGUCAAA